AUGAAAAAUAAACCGAGAUAUUUUCAAUUAAACGAAGAUAAGAAAGAUAACCAAGUUCCAGCCCUGGAAAUAGCAAAAUUUUUUCUUUCUUUGGAUCCUAAGAGGGAAUAUUUUGUUAAAGACAAAAUGAUAAGAGUGGAAGGAAUAUCUAUGCCGAUGGCUGGCAAUCUCCGUCUUAAUAAACUACUCCAAAUUACCCAGAUGCUUUAUGUGGCCAAAGAAGGAAAAUAUUUAUUUCCGGAAAAAAUUUUUUUUUUCCUUCUUCGCUUAUUAACCAUUACUUCCCAAAAUGAAGAGGAAAUUAAAGAAGAUGAAAAGCAAUUUAUUUCCCAAUAUGAAAUUCGUAAAUUACCCGAUUGUUUAAAAAUUGACCCUUCUUUUGUCAGAAUACACCGUCAUAUAAACUUAAAAAUAACUAAAAGCAGACUGAUUAAACUCCUUUGUGAUAAGUGUCCGCAAGGAUGUUUUAAAUGA